AGAGGGAGAGAGAGGCAGAACAUGAGAGCAUAGCAGGAAGUUGUGGGGAGGAGCGAGUGAGAGAGAGAGAGUGUGUGUGUUUGUGUGUGUUUGUGUAUGCUGGUUUUAAGGAGGAUGGGAGGAAGGAACAGCCAGGAAGCUAGUGUGACCUUUGAGAUGUAUACUGAGCACUUGUGAGUAGGGACUGAGGGAGCCUGGAGGCCAUUGUGCUUUCAUACACAACAUGUCUCUUCUGCCAGAUGCGAGGGUCGGCAGAAGGAAGCCAGUUUCACAAGUUCCUGAGGAACACUGGUGUUUUAAUGGCCAGAAAUCCUAGUCCAGUUCGAGCUCAUUUCUCCAUACAUGGACUGCCUGAGGAAUUACUCAAGGUGAUGAGGACAAUUGAUGACAGAAUAGUACAUGAAUUAAAUACUACGGUUCCAACAGCUUCCUUUGCAGGGAAAAUUGAUGCCAGCCAAACCUGUAAACAACUUUAUGAGUCUUUGAUGGCAGCUCAUAUCAGUAGGGACAAAGUUAUAAAGAACUGUAUAGCCCAGACCUCAGCCGUAGUAAACAGUCUUCGAGAAGCGAGAGAAAAGAAUCUGGAUGACUUGACGUUAUUAAAGCAACUUAGAAAAGAGCAGACAAAGUUGAAAUGGAUGCAGUCAGAACUAAAUGUCGAAGAAGUGGUAAAUGACAGGAGCUGGAAGGUGUUUAAUGAACGCUGCCGAGUUCACUUCAAGCCUCCAAAGAAUGAGUAGAGAGAGUGUUUUUUGAAAGACCCGGUCAUCUCAUCAGCUAACCAUGACAGACGUCAGCAGUGUGGGCUUCUGAGGAUGGUCUCUGAGGCAGCAGGUUAAGGCCUGUGGUUAAUCCAGCCCCAUUUAGCUAAGACCUCAAGUCUAAUUCUCAUAAUUAUAAUCAAUUGCUAUUUUAUACUGAUUCUGUAAAAAAUGUUUUGUAACUAUUAAAAUAAUUUUCUGA